AUGCUAGGCCUGAAGCCACUCUGGAUAGAGGUAGAGAAAAGAGCCACUGAACAGUGGUAUAGAAUGAAAGCAUGCAAGGAAUGGAGAGGAAGCUGUGUGGACAAGAGACACGCGCUGAUACAAAAAGAGGCGCUAUCAAAAUUUGAGAUGCUGAUGGCCAAUAACGACCUUAUAAAAAGGCAGGAGAUAUUUGACAAGAAGUAUAGGAUACAUAUAGGAGAGAGAGACAACUGGAAGGUAGAAGUCAGUCACCCGACGACUAUCUGUUUUACGGAUGGCUCUAGAAGAAACUCAACGAAACUAGCAGGAGCAGGCAUAGUAAUCCCUAAACUGGGAGAGAAGGUAUCAAUACCGUUGGGUAGGUAUGCUAGCGUAUUUCAAGCAGAGGUAUGUGCAAUAGCGCGCUGUGCACAUAUAAUUAAAGAGAGUGUGCAGCAAGAAGGCGCUGUUGUAAUAUAUACAGAUAGCCAAGCAGCACUGAAGGCACUAAAGAAAACAUCGGUUACCUCCUCCCUUGUGAGAGAAUGUCGGGAGGAGCUUAACUCGAUAGGCAAACGAAGAAGCGUCACGGUGGCAUGGGUACCAGGACACCAAGGAGUGACGGGUAAUGAGAAAGCGGACGAGAUGGCAAGGAUGGGGGCGGAAACGGAUCACAUUGGUCCGGAACCGGCUCUACCUAUGUCAGCGGACGUCACGAAGGGAGUCAUAGAGAAGGUAAAAGAGAUGGAAGCACAAAGAGAAUGGGAAGAAGAAACUGGAUGUAGACAGUCGAAGAUGAUGAUCAAAGGCAUAGAUCACAGGAGAACCAGGUAUCUUCUGAAACUAGGUAAGAGCAGUCUGAGACUUCUGACAGGCAUUAUUACAGGUCAUAACUCUCUCAAUAGACACCUUAAGAUAAUGGAGAUUAGCAGAGAUGCCUCCUGUCCACACUGUGGUAAGGAGGAGACUAGCUUACACCUACUAGCGGAAUGUAUUAUGUAUGCGGCACCGCGAUACAAUACAUUCGGCAAAGACACACUAAAAGAGAACGAACUAAAGGACGUCGAACUCAAAGAUGUCCUUCUGUUCUGCAGGAAAACAAGAAGAUUUGAGGAGAAUGGUGAGGGAAUGCCGCCGGGACAGUAA